AAUUAACAUUGUCUUUCGUUUUCCUCUCGUUGUCUCUCAUUCAUUAUGGCAGAGUUGUCAAAGCGUACCAUUGACCUCUACAAGGAUAUUGCAUCUUCCACCAAGAACAACCGGCUCAAGCUUUCAAGCACAUCGCCUUUCACGCCCAGGUUUAUCACAUCCAGUGUAUCACAAUCCUCAGAUCCAGCCGAAAUAUAUGCUACCAGAGUGCACGGACGGAAGAUGGUGCUUGAAAAUCCAGUCAAGGAAAGUAGGGAAAAAAAAGAACGUCUCGAGCGAAAGGCGAAGCACAAGGCUCACAAAGCUCGGAAACGCCUCGGCGUGGUAGGAAAGCGGGAAGCAAGGGAGAAAGCUGUGUGGAAGCUGGAUGAGCAUCAGGCCAGGUUUAAUAUUUUCUUGCCUUUGCAUCAUCUCUGGAUGGGAUACAUGUCUGAACUGCUUGGGCUCAACCAAAGAUCUACAUCUACAGGUAUUCCGACAAUCAAGGACAUGCCAUCCACUGGGUCCAUGCAUGCUAAGCUUCUGAAGGCCGAUUUGCAUGGAUCUCUUAUAUCAGUGCGACGUUGCAAGAAUCCGUGCUUGCUUACUCUAUCGGGUAUUGUAAUCCACGAAUCCGAAAAUGCGUUCAAAAUUAUCACCAAAGAAGACCGAGUAAAACUUGUACCGAAAGCGAAUGCAGUCUUUGCCUUUGCAGUUCCUCUGUUCUCUACACUUCCAUCAAAUUACGAUUCCUCAACGUCCCUCCCUGUUCCAUUGGCAGAGGAAUCAAAAGACACGGUCUUGGAUCGACCACACAUCGAAUUUGAGCUUUACGGGAACCAAUUCAGAUUCCGCUCUGCUGAUCGUGCGGGUCGCAAAUUCAAGCACAAGGAGACUAUGGAGCUCUAACUUUGACGUUUGACGGUAGUGAAUUAUCACGACCAAGGACAUUGCAUUCAUCGCAAGUUCAGGAGGGUCGAUGAUAUCGAACCUUGCCAGUCAUAUGGAACGAUCUACGUUGAAGCAAGGAGCCUCUGAAACGCCCUAUGUAGGUGCAUGCUUUUGCAGGGGGGAAGUACUCAUGGGUUCUAGUGCAGAUAUGAACCCUCAGUGUAGUACAAGAAAAUCCCUCAUUUAUAAGUAUGGUAGACUGGUG